AUGUCGAUUUUAACCACCGACCAAGCUGCCAAAACUAUAGUCCAUGACGCGGCAGGGCUGGGUCAUGAUACUGCUGCAUGUCUCCUGCUAGACUCUAUUGCCAACACGCAAAUAAUGGACAAAGACGGAAAGACGCCGAUGAACGUGGCGAUGAUGGCAGUUUAUGAGGCCAAGGUGAGGCUUUUCAUCAGCCACAAUGGUGCUAUCCUGAACCAACUAUACAACCGCUGCGAGGCCAACACCCGCUAA